AUGGAGCCAAUCCUCACAAAAGAUAUAUCUGAGCUCAUCUUAAUUGCAUCUGAUUCUGAACAUGUUAAUCUCAAUACCCGGGAGGAACUUCUGACAGAGCUCGGAGUUGGACGGAUACCAUCCAAGGUGAAACUACAUCAAGCGCUCGAGGACAGGUUACUGCAGCCAAAGGCAAAGCUGCCAGAUCAUUGGCUUGCAACUUAUCAAUUACAUUGGGAGCAUGAAACAUCCAUACCAUCACUGUUGACGCUCGCACCUUCACCAGCACCCUCGCGCCUCGAGUUCGUCCGUGCGGGUUUAGAAGGGAGGGUCACCGGAUACCGAGAGAUACCCAUUUCUAAGCAGCAUGCCACUGCGCUCACGUCGACAUCGCUGUUACGAGCGCCAGCACCGACGACAAACUUCGUCCGAGGCAAGUCAAGCUAUGUUCCUUUCCUCCCAGGAGGAUUGGAUGAUAUCCUGGGAGAUUCGGCAAAUCUUCAGACUGUAACCGCUGACGAGGCAUCUCGCGUGGGUCUGUUGACUGUGCCUCCUGGCUUUACGAGAGGACUCCGCCUGCCAGGGGAAGAGAUCGAAGAGGAAGAUGAGAUUUCCGUAUUGGAUUCCGGUUACCCGUCUUCACUGGACAAGAGUGUCAAUAGCAACCACAAUGGACUUCAUAACGAGAAUGCCGCCCCUGUAUCAGCUGUUGGUCUCGAAAGCGAAAUAGAUGACUUGCUCCCUGUCGACCGUGUGCGAAUAUCUGCGGCUCCCAACCGCCCGCCAGCGCGGCGAACGGCAGCAGUUAAACGGGACUGGGCUGAUGUAGUUGACGUCAAUCAACAACUGCUCAACUUCCACGAACUUGUCCCCGACAUGGCACGCAAAUAUCCUUUCGAGCUAGACACUUUCCAGAAGGAAGCGGUGUACCAUCUGGAGAUGGGCGACAGCGUGUUUGUCGCCGCGCAUACAAGUGCUGGAAAGACAGUGGUGGCCGAGUAUGCCAUUGCACUGGCGGCAAAGCAUAUGACCCGCGCUAUAUACACGUCACCGAUCAAGGCAUUGUCCAACCAGAAAUUCCGUGACUUCAAACAGACGUUCGAUCCAUCCACAGUUGGUAUCCUCACGGGAGAUGUGCAAAUCAAUCCUGAAGGAAGUUGUUUGAUCAUGACCACCGAGAUUCUGCGCUCGAUGCUGUACAAGGGAGCCGAUCUCAUCCGUGACGUCGAGUUUGUCAUCUUCGAUGAAGUGCACUAUGUGAACGAUGCCGAGCGGGGCGUGGUCUGGGAAGAAGUUAUUAUCAUGCUGCCUGAGCAUGUCAACAUCAUUCUGCUGUCUGCCACUGUGCCAAACACCAAGGAGUUCGCCGAUUGGGUUGGACGUACUAAGAAGAAGGAUAUCUAUGUCAUCAGCACGCCUAAGCGGCCUGUACCUUUGGAGCAUUACCUCUGGGCAGGCAGGGAGAUGCACAAGAUCGUAGAUGCGAAGGGCGAAUUUCUUGCGCAGGGCUAUAAGGAGGCUGGCGAGGCGCUCCGAAGGAAACAAGACAAGGAGCGGGAAGCCGCGGGCCUCCCACCGGUACAACGCGUUGGGGCCAGAGGGGGGGCACAGCGCGGUGCGAACGCGCGAGGUGGCCAGCAAGGUCGUGGAGGCCCGCAGGCUCGAGGAGGCGCCCGUGGCGCCGCACCACCAGCACGUGGCCGCGGCGCAAUGCCACCUCGCUCCUUCCAGCAACAAGACCGCAACCUGUACGUGCAUCUCGUGGGACACUUACGGAAGAUCAACCUCCUUCCCGUGGUGGUAUUCACGUUCUCCAAACGACGAUGUGAGGAAAACGCCCAGACCCUGUCGAACACCGACCUGUGUUCCGCCGUGGAGAAGAGUGAAGUACACGUGACUAUUGAGAAGGCGCUUACGCGGCUAAAGGGAUCCGAUAAGAAGUUACCCCAGAUUGCGCGGAUGCGAGAUUUGCUCAGUCGGGGUAUCGGCGUCCAUCACGGAGGUCUGCUGCCUAUUGUGAAGGAGGUUGUGGAGAUUCUCUUCUCCAGGGGUCUGGUCAAAGUUCUAUUCGCAACAGAGACCUUCGCCAUGGGUGUGAAUAUGCCUGCUCGGUCAGUUGUGUUUUCGGGUAUCAAGAAACACGAUGGCCGGAAUUUCCGGGAACUUCUACCCGGCGAGUAUACUCAGAUGUCCGGCCGUGCAGGUCGACGAGGUUUGGAUCCCACAGGCGUAGUCAUUAUCGUUUCUGGCGAUGAACUUCCGGAUGUCGGCACCCUCCAUAUCAUGAUGCUGGGUCAACCGAACAAGCUGCAGUCACAAUUCCGGCUAACAUACAACAUGAUCCUGAAUUUGCUCCGUGUCGAAGCAUUGCGUGUCGAAGAAAUGAUCAAACGCAGUUUCUCGGAAAACGCAUCUCAGCGCCUGUUACCUGAUCAGCAACGCAAAGUCCUCGAGGUGGAGAAGGAGUUGAAGGCAAUGCCCGAGCUUGAUUGCCCCGUUUGUAGGCCCGAUAUUGAAACAUUUUACGACAUCUCCGCCGAUCUCGCCUAUCUCAACUCGCGAUUGAUUGAACUUGCUACCACACAUCCGGCGGGAAGCAAGGUCUUGCGUCCAGGUCGCGUUGUGGUACUUCGAAACGGGCAUUUCGGCCAGAAUCUUGCAAUACUGCUGAAGGCCGUUCCACUACAAGUCAGUUCGCCUGCAACAUCGCCUCUCGCGAGGCAAUACUUGUUUCUCGCCUUAGCAGACCCUGACACGAAGACCGGUUCAAGAGAUCGUCCGCCCUCGAAGGUGCCACCACUCUGGCCGCCCGAACCAGCCAAACUUCCAUCUUGUGACCCCGUUUACGAUCUUGUUCUUGCUCCACUCGGGGAUGUGCAGUUCGUGACCAAUCGGAUUGUCGUCGAAGAGUUUGACGAGAUCGCGGACAAACACCGUAUCUUGCCUAUGAAGCAUGCGGCAGAAGCCUUGCAAGCCAUCGCCCUCGAGUGGCAGGAUCUAGAUAUGUUACCCGAAGUGGAAUGGGCGAAAUUCCACACGCUUGAUUUCCAAGAUACCCUGCGAAAUCGUGAUAAUCUGCACCGGCUUCUAUCCGGUAAAGCGUGUGUCUUAUGCGAAGGCUUCUUGGGGCACUACGAUGCACUCCACGGGAUAAAAAUGCUCAGAGCCCAAAUAGCAAGUCUAAAGCUCGCAAUAUCCGAUCAGAACCUAGAGCUAUUACCCGACUACGAGCAGCGGGUGCAGGUUCUAAAAGAUCUCAAGCUUAUUGAUGAGAGAUCAACCGUGCUCUUGAAAGGACGCGUGGCUUGCGAGAUUAACUCCGCGAGUGAGCUGAUCCUCACUGAGCUAAUUUUAGAGAAUACGCUGGCUAGAUACGAGCCGGAAGAGGUUGUCGCGUUGCUCUCGGCAUUCCUCUUUCAAGAAAAGACUGAGACCGAACCGGUUAUUCCUCCCAAGCUAGAAGAAGGCAAAGCAGAGGUUAUCCGGCUAGCAGAGCGCGUUCAGAAAGUUGAAUUGGCCAACAAGGUAGCAACAGAAGAUUUCGAGGGUAAAUUAAAAUUUGGUCUGAUGGAGGUCGUAUACGAGUGGGCGCGUGGAAUGCCCUUUGAAAAGAUUACAGAAUUGACCGAUGUCCCCGAGGGAACCAUUGUCAGGGUGAUUACUCGGCUUGAUGAGACGUGUCGAGAAGUGAGAGACGCAGCGAGAGUUAUCGGGGACGCUGACCUCUUCAAGAAGAUGGAAGAGGCACAGAUCAAGAUCAAGCGCGAUAUUGUAUUCGCUGCAAGUCUGUAUUUCUAA